AUGAAAGGCGACCGGACAGAUUCGCUUUUCACUCUGCCUGUCAUUAUAGCCACAAUUGCGACAUACUGGAUCGUCGCCGUACUUUACAGCUCUUUUACCGCUCCACAGCCGCCUACAUCAGUUCCAUGGCAAGGUGGAAAAGGAUGGAUAGCUGGUCUGCGAAACUUCUUCGCAUUGACGAAGAGCAAGGAUUGGCUGGCAGCCGGGUACGAAAAGUACAGCAAGAACGAUAAGGCCUUUGUCCUACCGGCUGUCUUUAGUGCACAAGCGGAACUCGUCCUACCGAGGUCACAGCUGAACUGGAUGUUCGACCAGCCCGACCAUGUUCUCAGCACGAAUGAUGCUCAUUAUGACCUCUUGCAGGGUGACUACGCUUUCGUAAAGCCCAUCAUCCUGCGCGAUCCUUAUCACGAACACGUCAUUCAUAAGAACCUCGUGCGUAACCUGAACGCUAUAAUACCAGACUUGGAAGAGGAGGUCCCGCCAACUGUGGAUGCGGUCUAUGGUACAGACAUAGAAUUCCGAAAGAUCGAUCUGAUGAAGUCCUUCAUGACGAUGAUCCCAAGGCUCACCAACCGCAUGAUGGUCGGUCCUACGCUUUGUUGCGAACAGAAAUUCCUGGAUGCAGUCCUGUCCUUCACUACCGAUGUCGUUGGAAUAUUCUCGUUCCUGCCAUUCGUGCCUAGAGCACUCCAUCCUCUGAUAGGCAAUCUUGUGGGCUUGACUUCGAAGUACCAUUACUGGCUGGCAUCGCGGUUCACCCUUCCAUUGAUCAAGCAACGUCUAGAAAACAUCAGAAGAAAGGAUAAAGGCGACCCUGACUACAAAGACUGGAAAGAGCCGCGCGACUUCAUCACAUGGAGCUAUCGAACUGCACAGGCCGAAGGCAGAACCGACGAGAUGCAACCGGCCCGAAUUGCGCAGCGGAUCAUGCCUCUCAAUUUCGCCGCCAUUCACACUACAUCCCUUACAGCCUACGAAACAAUGAUCAAUAUUUUGAGUGCCUCCCCGAGUGUAAUCGAGGGCUUGAGAGAAGAAGCGUCGCGAGUACUCGAAGAAGAGGGUUCCUGGACUAAGAAAGCCCUCGCCCGAAUGCAUCGGAUGGACUCGGCCAUCAGAGAGUCGCAACGAGUGUCACCGAUUGCACUAACCUUCGUUGCUCGGAAGGUUGUCGCAAAAGAAGGCGUUAUUACGCCGGAGGGCGUGCACGUGGGCUGCGGCACUAUAAUCUCGUGCCCGUGGACCCCGAUAGCUCAUGACGAGGAGUUGCACAGUGGGUCUCUCGGGUUCGAUGCCUUCCGGUACUCGCGCGCAAGGGAGGAGUUUGACACGAUGUGUCCAGACCAGAGAAAGAAGGUGGAUACACUGAAGCUGAAGCAAACCGGGCUGGUGACUACGAGUAACCAACACCUGCCGUUUGGGCAUGGAAGACACGCAUGUCCUGGGCGAUUUUUUGUUAGCCAUGAGCUCAAAAUGAUUUUUGCACAUCUGCUGCUCAACUACGAUUUUAAACCGCUCAAGGAGAAGCCGAAAAAGCUAUUUGUGGCCAGGACGAAGAUCCCGCUGCCUGCUAUCAUCGAGUUUAAACGCCGCAAGUCGGUCUGGCAGAAGCCAGCACAAUAA